AUGCGACCAGUAUGUAGGCAGUGUGGAAAGGAGCAUGGAGGUAGACCUUGUCAGCUUACAGGCAUUAUCUGUUUUUCUUGUGGUCAGCCUGGACAUAUGGCUAAGGACUGUCCGAAGAAGCCAGUACAAGGAAUAGAUAGGCCGCGACAGCAAGGACGUGUGUUUGCUAUGACUGCUGAUGACAUAAUGAAAUCAGACUCCCUAAUCCAAGGUCAGUGCUAUGUCAAAUCUCGACUCUUAACUGUACUGUAUGACUCUGGUGCAUCACAUUCAUUUAUUUCUGAGACUGUUGCGCAUGAGUUGGGAUUAGAUUUCACCAUGUUAGAUUAUAAUCUAAUUGUUCGUACACCCACAUCUCAAAAUGCCUUGACUAGUCAAGUAUGUCAACAGGUGCCUUUUGUUAUUGAGGCUAGGACUUUUAUACAUGACCUGGUUUGUUUGCCUUUGUGUGGUUUAGAUAUUAUCUUAGGUCUAGAUUGGUUGUCUAAGCAUCAUGUUUUCCUUGAUUGUUUUAAACGAAUUGCUAUAUUUCCAUCAUCUGAAAUGUACACUGAACCAGUUGAGUCUUGUACUUUCUAUUUGAAUUCCCUAAGAGCUAUUUCUAGUCAUAUUGGGUUAGAGGGUUACGUUCUACUAUCGGCUAGCUCAGAAACUAAUGAACAAGACUUGGAGCAAAUCCGAGUGGUGAAGGAGUUUCCUGAUAUUUUUCCGGAUGAUAUACCUGAGUUUCCACCUCAGAGAGAGAUAGAGUUUAGUAUUGAUCUGGUUCCUGGAGCCGGACCAAUUUUUAUAGCACCGUAUCGGAUGUCACCGUUGGAACUAGCAGAGUUAAAGAAGCAGUUGGAUGAAUUGCAGGGGAAGAAGUUUAUUCGUCCGAGUGUAUCACCAUGGGGAGCUCUAGUGUUAUUAGUAUAG